AUGAAUUCCAUUUUAAGAACAAUAACAACAACGUUAAUACCAAGAACAAUCUCUGUCUCAAAAUUCAUGGAUUCUUCACCCCACGCCACCAUUGGAGGAUCUCAGAGGCUUCUAGCUUUGGCACAACACCUUCGCCUCUACAAGCCACCACCUUUCCCUGAAGAUAUCUUCGAACAGAGCAUUGAAGAAGAGAGUGGUGGCAAAGUUGUAUCUCAAUUGGGUUUUCCUGAAUCCGCCACCAAGAUUCAACACCCGGAGAAAUUCAAACCUAAGAAAGCUGCUGUUUUGAUUUGUCUCUUUGAAGGUGAUCAUGGGGAUCUAAGGGUCAUUCUCACUAAACGUUCUUCUAAGCUCUCUUCUCAUUCGGGUGAAGUGUCUUUACCUGGUGGGAAAGCUGAUGAAGGGGAUAAGGAUGACGCGGAUACUGCGAAAAGAGAGGCAAAUGAGGAAAUUGGGUUGGAUCCUGAACUUGUCAAUGUUGUUACCGUUCUUGAACCAUUCUUGUCUAAGCACCUUCUUAGAGUAGUUCCUGUCAUUGGCAUACUUCAUGAUAAAAAAGCAUUCAGACCUGUUCUGAAUCCUGCAGAAGUGGAAUCAGUAUUUGACGCGCCUUUAGAAAUGUUUCUCAAGGAUGAAAAUCGGAGUCAGGAGGAGAGAGAGUGGAUGGGAGAGAAGGCUGCAUCAGUUGUGUACCAACGGCCACCUGCUUUCAUAGAGCAGAAUCCCAAAUUCAAGCUUCCACAGGUUGUAAGCAAGGACAGUUCAAUGACUUGA